CUGUGUUUUAAACGCCUGUUCCGACAACCGUAAGCAGCAUAAACAUGACCGAUACCGUCGCCAGUCCAGUGCCGGUUACCGCUUCUCCGACCGCCAAAAAAGUGCCCGUGAAGAAGAAGACGGCGGGAACGUCCAAAAGUCCGAAAACUGCGUCCGCUCAUCCGACAACUGCCGUUAUGGUCACUUCUGCCAUCAAGGGACUGAAUGAGAAAAAAGGCUCUUCGUUGCCGGCUAUUAAAAAAUAUUUAGCUGCCAACUACAAAAUCGAUCCGGCCAAGUUCGCACCGUAUAUCAGGAAGUUUUUGAAGGCUGCCGUCAUCAACGGAACGAUUGUACAGACCAAAGGAACCGGAGCAUCAGGACAUUUCAAGUUGCCCGUAGCCGAAGUCAAGCCCAAGAAAGUCGCUGCGAAAAAAAAGGCUACUCCGGCUGCAAAGAAAGUCAAAGCAGCUGCAACACCGAAGAAGAAGAAGGUUACUGCGGCACCGAAAAAAGUAAAACCCGCUUCCGGAGAACCUGCAGCUAAGAAAUCGAAGAAGGCUGUCGCACCCGUCAAAUCCAAAGCAACUAAUGCUAAGCCGAAGAAGUCGCCGACCAAACCGAAAAAACCAGCAGUAGCUAAACCCAAGGCAGUUAAACCUAAAAAAUCUCCGAUCAAGAAGAGUGCGUCGUCUAAGAAGAAGUAAUUCCGCGUGUAGGACAUGGUUUUAUUUAUAUUCACAGUAUUCAAAUAUUCCUUAUAAAACGGUCCUUUUCA